AUGGAUGCAGUACGUGACGAUUUUGUAUCGUUGUUCAAGCUUCCUACAUCGCCGCGCAUAUGUCUGUUCCUAAUUCUACUCGUUUUGACACCUCUUCUGUAUUUUGUUGGUGAGAGGUCUCUGAAGUAUGAUGGUUUGGUUAUAUCGGCUUCGUCAAUCACCUCACCAUAUUAUUAUACACUGGAACAAAUGCGAGGUUUUGCCUUUAAGAACAAUAUUGCAAAGGAUUACAAACCGCAUUACUAUACGAGAUGGAACCUGUCGUUCAAUCGAAUGCUCGAAGAUCUCGAUAACAGAUUUGAUAUGAGCGGUAAUGAUGUUAUCGUUUUUUUGCAUAUUCAAAAGACUGCGGGUACAAGUUUUGAGAAAUUUCUUGUGCGGCAUUUGAACAUCUCAAAUCCAUGUGCAUGCCGUAUGGGUAAGAAAAGAUGUUCGUGUCACAGGCCGGGUUCUGGUAAAAAGAUCUGGUUAUUUUCACGGUACUCAACAGGUUGGGUGUGUGGCUUACAUGCUGAUUACACUGAAUUGUUCGUAUCCGGAUGUGUCGAUAACGCGUUGGAUCGUAAGGAAGGUGUUCAUCGCAAACGUCGCUAUUUUUACACGUCGUUCUUGCGCGAGCCAGUGUCAAGGUUCAUAUCCGAGUAUCGACAUGUUGAACGUGGUGCAACCUGGUUGUCAGCAAGGCAUAUGUGCAAUGGCCGACCACCAACUCCCGAGCAGUUGCCGAUGUGCUUCGAUCCCGAGAUUGGUUGGGAUGGCGUCACAAUUGAUCAGUUCCUUGCUUGUCCCUAUAAUCUCGCUUUUAAUAGACAAACACGAAUGCUUGCUGAUUUGACGUUAGUGGGUUGUUAUGAUAGACACGCGAUGGAUAAUAAAACUCGUGAAAGAAUUAUGUUGGAGAGUGCGAAGAAUAAUCUGAGGAAUUUGGCUUUUUUUGGACUAAAGGAACGGAUGGCCGACAGUCAGUGGAUGUUCGAACAACUAUUUCAGCUCAGGUUUACGAAAGACCUCUCAGAUUGGCGAAGGAGCAAGUCGAACGAUACUGAACUAACACCUCAACAGUUGGAACUGAUCAAAGCAAAGAAUAGUCUCGAUAUGCAAUUAUACGCUUUUGCUCAGAAACUUUUUCAGAAGAGAUUGAAGCAGCUUCGAUCCGACGACUAUAAUUAUGGCAGUGACAUGACACAAAAUGCUUCUGAAAAAUUACGUUCCAAUCCUAUCGCUGAACUGAAAAACGUGAACGAACAAAUUAAUGAGAGUGUUUCGAAUGGAGGGCAUCAUUCAGAUCAAAUGAGUGAUGAGGAGAAGCAGUUGCUGAAUGUGUACGAAAGCGAUAACGAAACGAUGCCUGGCAAAGACUGGCAAAGCAAUGAGGUUGAGAGGGAUGAUGCGACCGACGUAGAAGAUCGACAACAUUCUCAAGAUAGCAUAGAUGCUUACUGA